UGCGAGGUAGGGACUCCUCCUCUUCUGUCGUCAUCUGGCCUUCCCUUGAUCUAUGGAGGAAGAGGACGGGGAGAGGAAAGCCGAUCACAUCAAGCUGCUGUUUUGCGGGGGGGGACUGCAUUGUCCCAGUUCCUCGGUCAGAAAUGAAAGCUUUGUUAUCUUUUUACCGGGCAAUUAACGGCUUAUGCAGCCGGCAAAUCGGGCGAGGGACUCGGUUCCUAAAGUGCGGACUCUGCGGGUCUCCGUCUGACAGCGAGCCCUGUCCUAGCUUUGGUCUCCUAUUUGACAUCGAUGGUGUGCUCGUCCGGGGGAAGACGCCGAUUCCGGCUGCCAAGAGGGCUUUUCAAAAACUGAUCAACUCGCAGGGGCAGUUUGUGGCGCCUGUUGUUUUUGUCACAAAUGCAGGGAACUGCCUUCGCCAGACGAAAGCAGAUCAGUUGUCACAUCUCCUGGGGGUGCGGAUUACCCAGGAUCAGGUCCUGAUGUCACACAGUCCUCUGCGGAUGUUCAGGAAGUACCAUGAGAAGUGUAUUUUGGUGUCUGGGCAAGGCCCAGUUCUGGACAUUGCCAAGAACUUGGGUUUCCAAAAUGUGGUCAGCAUUGACAUGCUGCGGGAGGCCUUCCCAAUCCUCGACAUGGUUGAUCACAACAGACGACCGAAACUUCCAUCAUCCUCCAUUGUAAAUCUGCCUGAUAUUGAAGCUGUCAUCCUCUUUGGGGAGCCCAUUCGAUGGGAGACAAACCUGCAGCUGAUCAUCGAUGUCCUGCUGACUAAUGGAAACCUAAGCAGUCCGCAUCAGACCUUGAAGGUCCCUCACAUUCCUCUGCUGGCCUGCAACAUGGACCUCAUGUGGAUGGCAGAAGCCCAAUCACCACGAUUUGGCCAUGGAACUUUCCUGGUCUGUCUAGAGAACAUCUACAAAAAGAUAACUGGAAAAGACUUGAAAUAUGAGGCCUUAAUGGGCAAGCCUGGUGCGCUGACCUACCAUUAUGCCGAGCACCUAAUCAAGGAGCAGGCAGCCAGGAGAGACUGGAAGAAACCUGUCCAAUCACUUUAUGCUGUUGGAGACAACCUCAUGACUGACAUCUAUGGUGCUAACAUGUACAACCGGUACCUGGAAGAACAGACUGCUCGCAAGAGUUCAAAAUUGGUGGCCAAGAUGUUGGGUGGCAUUGGAUCCUCUACCGCACUGCCCCAUGAAGACAAUUUGGAUGGUGACUGGGAGAACAUACUAGCUGCCCCCUCUGCCACCUCCUGUAAAUCCAUCCUAGUCUGCACUGGUGUCUACAACCCACACAUGGAGGUACCUCCCAGUGCCGGUCACAGCAUCAGGGAGGCUGUGUUCCACGGGCAUCGUGACCUCUGCUUCGACCCAUCACUGGUAGAACCCAGCUAUGUGGUGCAGGAUGUGGAUGCUGCUGUAGAACUUAUAUUUAAAAAGGAGAAGUUUAAGAUUCAGUAAGGUGCAUGGGUCAAGGGUCUGCCUUUAGUAGGGGGGGCUGUCCAAUCAGAAAUGUCGUCAUCAUGUGACCUCCCCUCAACCUACGAAACAGAGUUUAAUAAUUUCCCCUUUGGAAGGCCAAGAGAAUGAUUCACACUAUAUCAUACUUGAGUUCUCUUACACAGAACUACUUAUUUCCAGUCUGUAGUGGUCUUAAAUUAAGGGUGAUGGGAAAAAUUUUAACCAUAUUUGUGGGUAAAGGUACUACUACAUUUAGUAAAGUGUGAGGAGGUUUUAGUUCCAUAUAGUUAUUAUCCAUAUAAAUUUUAACACGUUGCAUUAGCUUCUCAGAGCCUAUAAUAUGGUAGCCGUCUCGGAAUUAUGGGUAUUUUAAAUGUAUGUAAAAUAAAUAUUCAUUCACUGGGGAAUCUUCAUAGUUUGUAGCCUUUUGCAAUACAAAGGACAAUGAAAAUAUAACAAUUUAAACCGGUCUAUUAAUGUAGAAAUGUUUUAUUUUUUUAAUCCUAAUGCUGAUACUGAGAACUUUUACAUUUGUAAACCAUCCAGACAUUUCUUCUCAUUACUUAACUCUUUAACAAACCAAGCGGCUUCUGUCUUUAGUCGCUGCCCUGUGACACUGUCUGACUGCAUGUGGCUAUCUUCCAUUAAAAGACUGUAAAGAA